GAGCCAGACCAUCCCCCACAAAGAUAUGGAUUACAAGCCGGGCCUGAUCCCAGACGGGAACCCAAUGGAGAACCUGGAGAAGCAGCUCAUCUGCCCCAUCUGCCUGGAGGUGUUCACCAAGCCAGUCGUCAUCCUGCCGUGCCAGCAUAACCUCUGCCGCAAGUGUGCCAAUGACAUCUUCCAGGCCGCCAAUCCCUAUUGGACCAACCGGGGCGGCUCGGUGUCCAUGUCCGGAGGCCGUUUCCGCUGCCCUUCCUGUCGCCACGAGGUGAUCAUGGACCGCCACGGCGUGUACGGGCUGCAGCGGAACCUGCUGGUGGAGAACAUCAUUGACAUCUACAAGCAGGAGUGCUCCAGCCGGCCCCUGCAGAAGGACAGCCAUCCCAUGUGCAAAGAGCACGAAGAUGAGAAAAUCAACAUCUACUGCCUCACGUGUGAGAUGCCCACGUGCUCCAUGUGCAAGGUGUUCGGGGCCCACCAGGCCUGCGAGGUGGCCCCGCUGCAGAGUGUCUUCCAGGGCCAGAAGACAGAGCUGAGUAACUGCAUCUCCAUGCUGGUGGCAGGGAAUGACCGCAUGCAGACCAUCAUCACGCAGCUGGAGGACUCCUGUCGAGUAACCAAGGAGAACAGCCACCAGGUGAAGGAGGAGCUGAGCCGCAAGUUCGAUGAGCUCUACGCCAUCCUGGAUGAGAAGAAGAGCGAGCUGCUGCAGCGCAUCACGCAGGAGCAGGAGGGCAAACUCAGCUUCCUCGAGGCCCUCAUCCAGCAGUACCGGGAGCAGCUUGACAAAUCCACUAAGCUGGUGGAGACGGCCAUCCAGUCCCUGGAUGAGCCUGGCGGCGCCACUUUUCUCCUGAGUGCCAAGCAGCUCAUCAAAAGCAUUGUGGAAGCUUCCAAGGGCUGCCAGCUGGGCAAGACAGAGCAGGGCUUUGAAAACAUGGACUAUUUCACAUUGGACUUGGAGCACAUAGCAGACACCCUGAGGGCCAUCGACUUUGGCACAGAUGAUGAUGAGGAGGAGUUCCUGGACGAAGAAGAUGAUCAGGAAGAGGAAGCGACUUCAACAGGGAAGGAAGAAGGACAUCAAUAAGGAGCUGGAGGAGAAGGCCGACCCUCUAGAUGCUGAGACUCGGGUGGGUGGGGCAGGGCCGGCUGCCUUCAAGACAGGACUGGGGUGGGAGGGGCGACGAGCAGGUCUUCUCUCUGCUGGGAAAGCAGGGCCUCGGUAGCAUCCCGCCACUGUGUCCGGCAGCUGUUGAACCCCGACUGGAACCAUGCUGACACCACCACACAGGCCACUUUUCUAUGUCAGUGCAAAAUGGAAUAUUUUGUACAUUUUUCAAAUGUGACUUUUUUUUGUAUAUACUUGUAUAUGUAUGCCAAUUUGGUGCUUUUGUAUGGAAACUUUUGUACGAUAAUGCCUGGUCAUUGUGUGACUGGCCAUGUCAGAGAGCGGGGAGGGAAGCCAGGUUGAUAGAGCUGCCCACUUCCUCUCCCUGGCGGGAGGACUGGGAAGCACCUGCAAGCCUAGAUGGAAACGUGUACCCUAGGUCAGGGCCAUCCCCAGCCCCGGGGAGACCCCUGGCUCUGUGCUAUCUGUUGUUUCAAUAAAUGCACAAUGCUCUCUUCCUGUUACCACAGAAGAAUUAA